AGAGAGAGAGGGAAAGAAAGAAGAAAAGAGAAAGAAAGAAAGAAAGAAAAUAAGAAAAAGAUAGAAAGAAAAGAAAAGAAAAAAGAGGCAGGGCUGAGCUGACCCAGCGAGCGCCGCCCGCCUCUGGCUUCGAGCAUCAUAGGAACUCUCCUUCCCCGGAACCUUAGUUGGCGUGGCUCCGGGGGCCCAGAGGGACACUUUUAAGGAACGGACCGAGCUGUUCUCCUUCGCGUCGGCACCGAACUCGCCAUGGCAGCCUCCUCAAUGGAAGGGGGCGGGCAGGAGCAGAGCAGCGGCGCGGUGCUUUCGGAGCUGCAGCGGGAGAAGCGGCUGGUGUGCGUGGAGUUCCCCGGCGUGGUGCAGGACGUGGGCAAGACGCUGCAGACCCUAGGGGGAGAAGAGGGGGUCUCCCGGAUCUAUGCCGAUCCCAGCAAAAGACUGGAGCUGUAUUUCCGUCCCAAAGACCCCUAUUGUCACCCAGUGUGUGCAAAUCGCUUCCCUACCUCUUCCAUGCUGCUUAAAGUGAAAAAGAAAACGAGGCAGAAAAGGACAGAAGAAGGAGGCCUAGAAGAACAAACCAAGUUUGAAGUGGAGAUACUUGGUGUCAUUUCCACCCUUUAUAAAUUUCAAGGUAUGUCCGAUUUCCAAUACUUGGUAAUGCAUUCAGAGCCGGACAGUAAACAGACAUCAAUGUAUGACAAAGUCUUGAUGCUCAAGCCAGAAAAAGAAGAUUUUUUUAUGAAAGAGCUACCACUUUAUAUUCCUCCACCCAUUUUCUCACGCCUGGACACUCCGAUUGAUUAUUACUAUCGGCCAGAUGUGCAUCAUAGGGAAGGCUAUCGAAAUCCUCCCCUGUCUAGCGAGAACCUGAUUGGCCUCAGUCGGGCGCGCCGUCCUCACAACGCCAUCUUUGUCAACUUUGAGGAAGAAGAGGUCCCCUCCAAGCCGCUGGAGGCGGCCGUGCAGACUUGGAAAAAAGUCUGCAGCAAUGCGGUGGAUCAUCAAGUAGAAGGGGAACUGAAGAAACUUUUUGAACUGCGUCCUGUCUGGUCCCGCAACGCGGUGAAAGCCAACAUCAGCGUUCACCCCGACAAGCUGAAACUGCUCCUACCCUAUUUAGCUUAUUACAUGCUCACAGGACCCUGGAGAAGCCUCUGGGUUCGUUUUGGGUACGACCCCAGGAAACAUCCGGAAGCAAAGAUUUACCAGGUCCUGGAUUUCAGAAUUCGCUGCGGCAUGAAAUACGGGUAUGCCCCAAAUGACAUGCCGGUGAAGGCCAAACGUAGCACCUACAACUACAGUCUGCCUAUUACUUUAAAAAAACCAGGAAAUCACGGCCUGGGCAUCCAAGACUUAAAACAGGGGCUCAGCACAUCUGGAACAUCUGGUACAAAAUCAAACAAAUACAAACUUAAGGAUUCCAUUUACACCUUUGAGGAAGGGUCGCUGCCCCCUUAUCGACAGAUGUUCUACCAGCUGUGCGAUUUGAAAGUGGAAAGCUUGCAGAAGAUCAUCCAUCGAAAUGACAACAGGGAGACGGCUUGCACAGAGCGGGAUGGCUGGUGCCUUCCAAAGACCAACGAUGAGUUGAGAGACACCAUGUCACUGAUGAUAAGGCAGAUAAUCCGAUCCCAAAGGCCAGCUCUGUUCAGAAACCCUAGUUCCAGUGCCACGGAAGGCAAAGAGCAACUGACUUUUGAAUCUGGAGAAGAGGAAGAGGAGGAGGAGGAGGAAGAGGUUUUCAAGCCUUCGGAUGGGAGCGAAAAUGAAAUGGAGACUGAAAUGCUUGACUACGUCUAAUGCCACGGGGCUGGUGGGCUGGACUGGAUCUUGGAGGGAUUUGUUUUGCUCUUUUUUUGGGGGGGGAGGACAGAAGAAAGAAAGAAAGAAAGAAAGAAAGAAAGAAAGAAAGAAAGAAAGAAAGAAAGAAAGAAAGAAAGAGAAAGACCGACCCACCAAUUGGCUGCAUUGUAUCUUUGAUUUGAUGGAGUUUGUGCAGAAGUAUCAUUUGUAAAUUGCAUCUUAACAGAUGUUGCAUGUUAUUUUUCAAGCUCAGCAGUUGUUCCUUGAUAUAGCCUUCCUUCAAUCGCUGCAUUCAAAUGUAAGAUAAGAGACUCUACUUUGGGGAAUUCCUUCAGCAUCUCAGCAUUGUUGCCAUCCAGGGCCAAGCCCAUCUACGUCCAACUUUGUCUGCUGGAGUCUCCUUCUCCAUCGGCCUCGGUAGAACUUCCAAGCACGGCCUGAUGCUAUCUCAGACCUUCCACAUCGGCAGGCAAAAUUAUCAUUUCAUUCCUGCUCUGACUUAAUUGUUCCUAUCCUUCUCAAACAAAAAGCCAUUUGUAAUUUCUUUCUCGUGAAGCCUUGAGAAAAAUCUCUGUGAUUCAAUUGUCGGGGGCUUUGUGGGACAUCAAAUGGACAGUCUGAAGAGAUUUCCACUGUUUUGUACAGAUUUCCUUUUCAGCUUGAGUGCAAAUAAAACCAAGAGUUUUGUGCCUUCAAAA